AUGAAGUUCCAACGGCCUCGUCUUCGUGUCGCGCAGUCACGCUCGGCCUUUGCAGAUGGUAAUUCUCGCUGGACCAAUCUGGAUCUAGACCCGGUUCCUCUGCAUCGUCGCAAAUGGGGACCGCUCAGUUUCAUCGCGUACUGGAUCUCCGAUGCUUUCAACGCAGCCACAUGGCAGUUCGCCAGCAGUAUCCUGGCCGUGGGCCUCAGUUGGCGCGAGGCGCUGAUCAUCGUCGCCAUUUCUUUCUUCAUCAUGUCCUUCGUCAUCGCUGGCAACGGCGCGGUCGGCGCCAUAUACCAUAUUCCGUUCCCCGUGAUCGCGAGAGCUAGUUGGGGCUUCUGGGGGUCUUACAUCGCGAUCAUCUCUCGAGUCAUUCUGGCGUUGUUUUGGUUCGCGAUCCAAAAUGUCAACGGCGGCAACGCGGUGCGGGUCAUGAUUGGGGCGAUCUGGCCUAGCUUUUUGAAAAUCAAGAACGAAAUCCCAGAGAGCCAGGGUAUCACGACGAAUGAGAUGGUCGGGUACUUGAUCUUCUGGAUUAUCCAGCUCCCGUUUAUGUGCAUUCACCCCAACAAGGUCCGGUGGCUGUUUGUGGUCAAGACCGUGCUCGUGCCGAUCUCGUGGAUUGCAAUCCUGAUCUGGGCAUUCGUGGCCGAAGGAGGUGGUACUAUGUUUGAGGAGAAGGCGACCGUGUCCGGGUCCAAGUACAGCUGGGUGUUUCUGGCGAGCAUGACGUCUGUGCUGGGAAACUAUGCCACCCUCAGUGUGAACCAGUCCGACUUUUCUCGCUACUCGCGCGUGACAGCGAAAUGGCAGAUGCUAUACAUCCCCAUGCUCCCUAUCGUCUUCACGUUCAUUUCGUUCAUCGGUAUCUCCGCUUCAUCGGCUGGAUACGCCCGCUAUGGAGGCUCAAUCCCAUGGGAUCCCCUCACGCUCAUCAGCCACUGGUCGAGUCGAGCCUGUCGCUUCUUCGUAGGAUUUUCAUUUGUGUUGGCCUCCCUGGGAGUCAACAUUUCCGCCAACUCAAUCUCAGCCGCCAAUGACCUGAUGUCUUUAUUCCCGGCAUAUAUCAAUCUUCGACGUGGCCAGGUGAUUUGCGCGAUCAUCUCCUGGGCUCUAGUGCCAUGGAAAAUCCUCGAAUCGGCGGACAGCUUCAUGAACUUCAUGUCUGCGUAUGCCAUCUUCCUGGGGCCGAUUGCGGCGAUCAUGUUGUUCGACUUCUGGGUGUUGAAGCAGCGGAAGUACAACACACUGGCGCUGUACCAGCCCAAUAACCCGGUGUACCGAUACUCAGGCUGGGGGGUGAACUGGCGCGCGGUCGUCGGGUUUCUGGUCGGCGUGGCACCGAGUCUGCCGGGGCUGAUCAACUCGGUCAACAGCAGUAUUCCGGUGGGUGUAGGAAUCCACCCGUACCAGUUCGGCUGGCUGCUGGGGUUCGUGGCGACCGCUGUAGUGUAUGUCGGGCUGUCGUGGGUGUUCCCGGCGCGGGAGUCGAUCAUCGAGCGGGCCGUGAUGGCGGAAGAGAUCUACGACGAGAGGGAGACGGUUGAGGGGGUGGAAACCGUAUCGGAGGAGAUAUUCGAUAACACGCACGAGAAGACGAAGGUCUAG